AGCACAGGUAAGGCGGUCGCACUGCGUGCGCAGCCCUGACGUCACGCCGGUGCUCGUGCUCUGGCUCGCGGAAGCGGAAGUCUUUCAGUGUGUUCGGGAUUGUCGGGGAAAGGUGUGUGACCGAGACAUUCAUCAUCAUCAGAUCAGCUGGACGAGGGGACCAUGUGGCCGAAUCAAGGACCGCCCAAUCCUGCCUAUCCCUGCCCUCCAAACCCAUCCUACCCAGCCAUGCCCAUCCCAUCAGGCCCUGGGCACAACCCGUCCUAUCCGGCCAUGCCUAUCCCAUCAGGACCCGGGGUUAACCCAAUGUACCCGCCGGGCAUGAACCAGCCCAUGCCGCUCCCACACAUGGGUCCCCAUCAUCAGCCUGCGGUGCCUGGUCCAUAUGGGCCGUACCCGGGUGCAGGAGUGCCGUGCACCGUCCCCCAGUAUGGAGGACAUCCGGCGGGACACAAGAAACACAAGAAGAUGAAGAAGAUGAAGAAAGCGCACAAGGAGCACAAGCACAUGAAGCAUGGCAAGAGCAAGUCGUCCUCCUCCUCGUCCUCCUCCAGCAGUGACUCUGACUGAUGUUCUGCUCCUGCAGUGGUUCUGGCUCGCCGCUGACGCCUGCGCUGUCAACAUGUUCAUCUGCUGAUAAUCGAUGAUGAAUAUCUGUGCCUUACACUACACACUGAUCAAACCAGACACAAUAUUCAUAUAUAGAGAAUCCUGCAAUAAUGUAAUGUCAAUAUAAUAUCAGUCCUGCAGUCAUGUUCAUAUAGUCGUCUUUAUUCCCGAGUGAACGCUGUGAGCUGCUCAAAUCAACAUGUGAGAGUCUGAUAAUCAAGGAGAUCUGCAGUAAAGCUGUGUGUGUGUGUGUGUGUGUGUGUGUGUGUGUGUGUAUGUGUGUGUGUGUGUGCGUGUGUGUGUGAUUAAUUAAUGUGUGUGAAAUCAAUAAAGUCAACAAAUGCUCUCGC